AUGAAUAAAAAAUCAUCGAAGGGCGGAGGAAGAUCUAGAGCGAUUUUCUCUCCUCCUCCUUCUUUUUCUUCCUCUUCUUCUUCUUCUGUCCUGGUGUUCCCAGAGCAAGAAGACGAGGCGUACCCGUACUUAUCCAGACGAAGAAUCUCAGAGAGCGAAGGAGGAAAGUUUGUGAGACGAAAUAUUUCUUCUUCGGCUUUGUACGAACACGAGUUGCAGUUGAAAGACGACGGGGUCGUGGAGUACGCGGUGAGAAGGAGGAUUGAAACAAAGAUUGAAACAAGCGGCGGCGGAAAAGACGUGUUAAAUGCGGUGUAUUCGCGAUUACAAGAAGGGAUUUUGGGUGGAAGUAACACGAUGGACGAUUCCAUUCGUUCGCGCGAGGCUUCGGCGAAGGAGGUGCGCGAAUUCAUGUUCGGAUCGGACGAAACCCUCGAGACGAGACGAUCAAAAGGCCCCCCUUUAUAUCAAACCCUUGACCAUCAUCGCGCAAAAAUGUUUCACGUUUGCGAGACAAAGUCACAAAGCGCUUUCGGCAAAUCGAUCAUGAAAACUUUCGUCUCUUCCGAUCGAUCGACCGGUUCAAUCGCCUUUAAAAUGAUCGAAGCGAAAAACUCGAGAGUGUUCGAGGUGUACGAAGGAUCCAACGCGAUCGAAAUAGACUCGGACGGAUCAAUAUAUAUCGUCGCUCGUGGAAAGGCGAAGAUGAAAGGAUUGUUGAAGAAAUUUGCGCACAAACAAGUUGCCAACGUGUUGGUUUCCAAGAUCCGCGCAAACUUGGAGAGAACUCGAGACGCGAUCGACGGCGGCGCGAAUACCGCGAACAAUAACAAUAACGGCGACGCCGCGUUGUUCGCUUAA